AUGGCUGCUGAGGACACUCGUGCACUCGACACCGCAUGGAUCAUUGAACGAGCCGACGAAGUUCGUCGAACUGGAGCGACUCUCAUUCGAAAUGUUUUUCCAGUCAAUAAAAUUGAUGAACUCAAUCGAGUUUUUCAACCUCUUCUGGCAGAAACUGUGCACACUGAGGGUGAAGCAGGAAACCGAGGACCAAGUCGUUACUAUGUUACUCCACCCUUUUGUCCACCGUGGACCGAUGUAUCAAUUAUUGACAAUGAUAUUAUAAUGGCGAUUGUUUCUGAACUUGUAGGUGCUGAUGGAGUAUUCUGCCAAUUAGCUACUGAUACUCCAUGCCGAGGCUCCCAAUAUCAGGAAUUGCACCGUGAUACUCAGUCGCUUUUUCCCGAAUGGGAACAAGAAACCCCACCGUAUCAACUGGCCGUUAAUUUUUCUCUUGUUGAUUGUAAUCCAGAAAAUGGACCGCUGGAAAUGGCACCGUCGACACACAUGUUAGCCAAAGAAGAAGCGCUUCGUCGCAUUGAAUCGGGCGAAAUAUCGCUGCAACAAGUUUUGAUGAAGCGAGGAGAUGUGCUCAUUCGCGAUGUUCGACACAUACAUCGAGGAACACCCAAUCAAACCGAUCAACCACGACCUAUGGUUGUCCUUGGCUAUAGUCGGCGAUGGUUAUUUCGACCAGAAGUUCAAAUACGUGUUGCUCGAGAAGUACUGGAACAAGUACCGUUACGGACACGCAAAUGGUUACGUUUCAAUCCUGUGUUUAAUACCUUGGAAGAAGCGGAAAAGAGUGAAGAACUGUAUCGUUCAUUCGCUUACUAA